GAAGCUUUAAAGGGGAAAUAGCAGAAAACAAAUGGGAAACAGCUGCAAUUUCUUGUUCACUGUCUCAGACUGAUGGCACUAACUUGUUGUUCUUCUUCUUUCAAUGUUUCUCUUCUCAAAUCUGGUCUUUCAGUUUCAGCUAAGCCUAUUAGCAGAAUUUGGAUGCUCAAACCUACAAAGUUUCCACUCAAGAAGUCACUCCCAUUGCAGAUCAGAUCUUCCAUAAAGAACAAGGUUUUCGAGGAUCAAUCGGAGGGAGUGAUUUGCUACACAGACGAGAAUGGGGAGAUCGUCUGUGAAGGAUACGAUGAGGGCCCUCGCUUUCAGCCAAAUCUUCCUGAAAAAGGCAACCAUCAAAGAGAGACAGAGAUUAUUGAUCUGCUACUAAAACAAAGUUGGAUUCAUCUAGGAAGAGGUGGAGGAGAGCUAAGCCAGGCUGACAAAGGUGUAGCUGUUCAAAAAGACUCGAAUGUUAAUGGUUUCAACUCCUUCUGCUAAUCUAAUUAGGGUCCUACUCUUUUGGAUCAUAUGGAUCAUACUCAAAUAUAAUAUCGAAUGUAUGUACUUGGCAUGUCGAAUGUAAACAGACAAUAUAUUGUUUUAAUUUGAGUAGUUUUGAGUAGAUGUACUUUCUUCUG